AUGGGUCGUGAGUGGGAACUUAGUUUUCGUCUGGGUAUGCGCCCUUGGAUUGCUGUUGCAUACUCAGCUCCUGUUGCAGCAGCUACUGCUGUUUUCUUGAUCUAUCCAAUCGGUCAAGGAAGCUUUUCGGAUGGUAUGCCUCUAGGAAUCUCUGGUACUUUCAACUUUAUGAUUGUAUUUCAGGCUGAGCACAAUAUUCUUAUGCAUCCAUUUCACAUGUUAGGUGUAGCUGGUGUAUUCGGCGGCUCCUUAUUCAGUGCUAUGCAUGGUUCUUUGGUAACUUCUAGUUUGAUUAGGGAAACCACAGAAAAUGAAUCUGCUAAUGAAGGUUACAGAUUUGGUCAAGAAGAAGAGACUUAUAAUAUUGUAGCUGCUCAUGGUUAUUUUGGCCGAUUAAUCUUCCAAUAUGCUAGUUUCAACAAUUCUCGUUCUUUACAUUUCUUCCUAGCUGCUUGGCCUGUAGUAGGUAUCUGGUUUACCGCAUUAGGUAUCAGUACUAUGGCUUUCAAUUUAAAUGGUUUCAAUUUCAACCAAUCUGUAGUUGAUAGUCAAGGUCGUGUAAUUAAUACUUGGGCUGAUAUUAUUAACCGCGCUAACCUUGGUAUGGAGGUUAUGCCAACAACCGUAGAAAUAUCAAUUGCGUUUUCAUUAAUAGUUUUAAUAUUAAUUUAA